AUGGCGAUUUCCUUUUCUUGUUCACUACAUCCAAGCCAUGUCUUUCCACACCGAUGGCGAGACAGGUGUGGUCACAGCCGUUGGGAGGAGGGACGGUGGGUUGCCAAUGUCCAACAAAGCGACAUUGUGCCAUGUUUCCGUGAGACCGAAUUGAGUCGUUUCACCAUGGGACGACUGUGUGGGAUGGGAGCCAACAUACAUCGGGCCAACAAUCAAUCGCUCGUCGCUCGUCGCUUGAUGCAAGGACGCCAACCGGCCACGACACGUACAAUCACGGUUGGCCGACGCAGCACUGGUCUUGCCAGAGGGGGGGAAGAGAGGCGCGGCCAGGGACUCGAGGAGGCAAAGGACAGACACGGUCGCACGGUCUCAUCCAGAGAAUUCUGCGAGAAAAAGAUGUGUCAGAAAACAGUUUCCAUUACCCCCAAGAUAUUCAGGACGGGCCUCGUGACCAAGGUCUGGGAACCCGCUUACUGGGAAAAAGCAGCCAAACCCGGGGUCGUGCCAAGGCCUCUGACGUAA